GUGCUGGCUCAUACCGGAAGUGACGUCUAAUCGCGGCCCAGGAAGACCUUUCCGCCUCUCGUUGCGACUGGAGUGGGACGUUGUGACCUUCUUGGAAGACGGUGAACGGAGUAAUCUGCCAACAUGGGUAGGACGUUUGGACAAUUGGCACGGAUGAGACACAUAGUCACCUACAAGUUGUCUCCAUUUGAACAAAAAAUGUUUCCAAACUCCUUAUUGUCCGAAGCGCUCAAUUUUUGGCGGCGGUUUUCCUCACAGGCCUUACGUGUGGCACCUCCAUUUAUCGUCUGGUAUUUAGUUUGCUCCUGGGGAACAGAAGAAUAUGAACGCUCUGUCAGAAAGAACCCGGCUGACUAUGCAAAUGACAAGUAAAAUGCUCCAAAUGAAGGAAACGCUUUCUGGCGCUCAUUCUUCUUGCUCUAUUUGUUGACCUACUAUUUCAAAUAUAAGAACGCUUGGGUCAUCUUCAGUAAAUCUCUUUCUGCUCAA